AUGGCGCCACACAUUCUUGGAAUGAAAUACUUGGAUAUGGUUAUUUCCGAAACUCUGAGAAAAUGGCCAACUACAUUUGCAGUAGAUCGAGUUUGCACAAAAUCGUAUACAAUUAAACCUCAGAGUAAUUACGAAGUACCCGUUUUUCUUAAACCAAAGGAAGUUAUAUUUUUUCCUAUUUAUGGGUUACAUAGAGAUGCCCAUUAUUAUCCAAAUCCAGAAAAAUUUGAUCCAGAUCGUUUCAGCGACGAAAAUAAGAUGAACAUCAAACCAUUUACUUAUUUACCAUUUGGAUUAGGACCUCGGAGUUUUGAAACAACGGAAAUUCCGAUAAAACUUAGCAUCACAUCAUUUAACCUAACUCCCAAUGACAAAUAA